UGGUAUCGAAGAACUCCAUCGACGAAAAACACACAAGGAAGAGAAAGAAGCUGUUCGUAUUAAAAAGCUGUACAAAACAUUUUUCUUAGAUUGACUUGUAAUGAAGAAAGUUUCAGCUUUUUUACUGACUUUAGUGCAGCUGUUCAUCCAGUCACAAGGUUAUACCUACUGUAGUUAUACAUACUACAAUUAUGGAACACGCAGGACCACCUACUACAGAUGUUCCAGUAGCGAAUACUGCUGUGGGACUGGCAAAUGUUGCACCAUGGUUUAUGCAAGAUGGUACCUUUGGUUUGUAUUGGUUACUAUCUUCAUCGCUUUCUUCCUAAUAUGGUGGUACUACCGAUAUCGUUAUCGUCCACGUCAAACUAUUGUUACAACAUCAGCAGGCCGUGUUCCAGUUGUCCAGGCAACUAGUACUGUAACAUACCCCAACACAACUGCCACAUAUCCCACCAAUGGAUACCCAGUCGCUUAUCAGGGGCAGCCAGUCUAUAUGUACCCAAGUGGUGCAGUACAGUAUCAAGCAUAUGGACCACCUAAAGUUCCUCCUCAAGCAUUUGCACCUCCACCAUCUUAUGAAAGUGCAACUUCACAGCCAGGGGGGGUUAAUCCACCACCUCCGCCAAGAUAACUCACUGAACAAUACCCAUAAUAUAAUGGUGAUCUCUACAUUAGAGUAUAACCACAUUUUGCAAAUAGUUUAUCUAAAUCAAGCUUGCUUCAAGUCCAAAUUGCACAGGAUGSAGUCUGCAUAGUUUAAGGAUGUGGCCCGCUAAGUGCUUGACAAGCUAUAGAAGCCUCACAGCACUAUAUAUUUGACAGUUUUUACUGUGAUUUGAUUGAAACUUUUACUUAUUGAUUACUUAUUCAUAGAAAUUGAUAUAAUGAAUAGCAUGGAAUUAUACAUUAUUAAACAUGAGAAUUAYUAAAUCAAUUAUUAAUC